AACUAAUGAACUUGGAGUGGAAGAAGAAGAAGCGACACGCCGACACCCAUCUCUUCGUCUUCCUCGCCUAAAACCCUCGCCUUCCUCCUCCGCCGCUUCCCCCCUCCACGCCGACGAGCAACGGAGCAAGCGGGCAGCCCACACCACACCCAAGGAUGGUGGACGCGUGGUGGCCGCUGCUCGCCGCGGCGAUCCCGGCGGUGGUGGCCGGUCAGGCCUUCCGCGUGAAGCGGCGGCGGGACGAGGAGCAGCGCCUCAAGGCGGCGCGCGGGCGCGAGAAGAGCUCCGACGAGGUGUUCGUCUGCGAGCGCGUGUGCACCUCCAAGCGGAUGCUCAAGAAGGUGGGGGCCUUCUCCAAGGACCCCAUCCCGGAGACCUGCGUCACCGUCUGCGGCGUCUCCGAGCUCGACGCCUGCGCCGACGCAUGCGCCCGGACCGUCUGCGUCAACCAGCACCAGGUCCCCAACUGGAACGACGUCUGCCUCAAGAGGUGCCAGAGCGAGUGCCUCAAGCUCUCCUCCACCCUCAUGUAGCAUCCCCCACUGUAAGCCAUCGUUGUUUGUACCUUGUUUUUGGUACAAACCAUCAAGCUCUUCUUGUUCCUAAUGCAAUCCUUAUUACUACCUAAGAGGAGAGCUUCAGACAUCCAUAGCUAUCGUUUAUAAAUCAUGAGGAAUGGAAUAGGUGAAUGACUGCUUCCUGAUUGUUUUGUGCUUCACAUUUGAUCUUCAACAAACAAUUGUGAUUGCUAGGUACCA